UUGUAUAUAAUAAAAACGAUGGGUAUUUACAGAAGAAUUGUAUUCAACUAAAUUUGCUAACUUUCGAUAGGAAUAACACGCGAAAAGCGAUAAUCAAGAAUGGACGCAAUAAUUCAUCCUAAAUCGGUUACUUCGUGUGCAACUGUACUUCUGAAUAUAUUUAAAAAACGUCGUAACAAAUAUAAGCCAUGCAAAUGUUGCACAUGCAUGUGUCAUAUGUACGAAAGUAAAGAUAAAAAUAGUUCUGAAAUGCUAGAAAUAAAUGACAAUAAGUUUUUUAAUUGCAAAUGUAACCAUGAAUGUCAUAAAUUAUCAAAUUGUAAAGAGUGCGAAAAAUUGAAGCAGAGUAAGCGUCAACGCCCGAAAAAAAAAAUUGUAAAAUUUCAAAUUCAGCAUACAGCAAGCAUGAACAGUUUAACAUCGCCGUACAAACUCAAGGCAAGCAUGAAUAGUUUAACAUCACCUAAUAGACACACAACAAACACGAGUAGUUUAACAUCACCUUAUAAACUAACAGCAAGCACAAACAGUUUAGCUUUGCCUUACAAAGUAUGCUCUUGUGAUAAAUUAAAAAAUACCUUAUCUUUGUGCAAAAUGGUCCACGGAAAACCGUGUUCGGACAGUUUAUGUAGCCCUGUUCAACGAAGUUUAAUAGAAAAGAAUGAUAAUCAAGAAAGAUUUUUUAGUCCUUUUUGUUCUGAAAUUAGAAACAAAUCGGAGAGAUUAUCUCAGUCUAGAACAAGUCGUAGACGAGAAAGGCCCAAGUCAUUUUAUGAAUGGACAAUACCGUUUUCAAGUAUUGAGCUUGGUGAGCUCGAGGCAUUAAGUCCGAAAGGGCCGGUUUACAGAGGUCGUUGGCAUGGAGAAGUUAUGGUAUAUACUCGUUCACAUGCAACUAGUGAAGAGAUCGAGCAAUUCAACAACGAGGUGUCGUUGCUAGGGUUAAUACGUCACGAAAACGUUGUGUUAUUCAUGGGAGCGUGCAUAGAGCCUCCAAACCUCGCUGUUAUUACUAGUGUUCGAAAAGGUCAUACACUAUAUUCUCAUAUUCAUAUGCACCAAACCUUAUUUCAUUUUGGUUCAAAAUUCAGUAUAAGCAAACAAAUAGCGCAAGGAAUGGGUUAUCUUCACGCAAAAGGAAUUACUCUAGGAAAGUUAUGCUCAAAAAAUAUUUUUUUAGAAUCAAAAGUUAAAAUUUCAAUUACAGACUACACAAUGGUUCGCCAACCGUCUGUAAAACCAGACUACGGAUGCAUUCCUAAAGGUCACCUUACUUACUUAAGUCCCGAGUUGAUGAAAAGUUUAAGGAAAAAUGGUAUCUAUCUCUCCUGUUCAGAAAGACCUACAUAUAAGUCAGAUGUUUUUGCUUAUGGGACACUUUUAUAUGAAAUAUUUUUGGGACGUUACCCUUUUCAUGGAGUCUUACCUGAAAUUAUUAUUUGGAAGAUAUGCAACCGACACGUUGAUGUUCUUAAAGACGUUGAAUUUCCAUUAAUAUUUAAAGAUUUAAUACAGUCAUGUUGGAAAAGCGAGUUAAAUGAAAGACCAGAAUUUCAAGAUAUCUUAACAAAUAUGAGAAAAUUAAAUAUACCUCGUUCGUUGCAAAAAAAGCUCAGUCUUUCCGAUAGCGAAGCUAUUCACAAACAACAACAAAGUAACGGAAGUGCAAGUUUUACUAGGCAACAUUCGAACUCGCAUUUUAUUCGUUUAAAUAGCUGCAAAAUUGAAUAAUUUUUUUAUUCCAUUUUUAA